AUGGUCGAUGGAGAAAACGAAGUGGCACCCUUGCCUCGACACAGAUUCAGGGAUUUUUUGCUUCGAGAACAGACACGGCAAAACGAUGCCAAGGUGCAGGUUGACUUCUAUGUCAAAGAGAAUAGUUUCAAAGAACGCCUGCAGUUUUACUUCAUCAAAAACCAACGAUCCAGUCUCAGGGUGCGAGUGUUUUAUCUUUCGCUCGAGGUGUUAAGCUGCAUUUUGUAUAUAUCCAGAGUGCUGAAGGACUCAAGUGAAGCUGAAUAUAAAUGGGCCUCAAUUAUUUGGGUUCACCGAUGUCCCAUACUUUGGCAUGCACAGGUGUCUGUUGCAGUCAUAUGUUUAUUCAUAAGAAUCCUGCUGACAUAUCUACGAUACAAGGGAAACAUAUGGCAGCAGGUACUUCAAAUAGCGUUCAUCUUGGAAAUGAUUGACACUGUGCCCUUUGUGAUUGGAAUUUUUUAUUGUCCUUUCCGAAACCUCUUCAUUCCUGUGUUUCUGAACUGCUGGCUGGCAAAACGUGCUUUGGAAAACAUGGUUAAUGAUCUUCAUCGUGCUAUUCACCGGACACAGUCAGCCAUGUUCAAUCAGCUCCUCAUCCUCAUCUCCACCAUCAUCUGCCUCAUUUUCACUUUCAUUUGUGGUGUUGAGCACUUGCAGCGUGCUGGAAAAAAAGUCACAGUUUUUGACUCUUUCUACUUCUGCAUCGUGACAUUCUCUACAGUGGGGUUUGGAGAUGUCCUUCCUGAUGUCUGGCCCUCCAAGUUGCUGGUUGUUAUUAUGAUAUUUGUGGCUUUAGUAGUCCUGCCUAUCCAGUUUGAGGAGCUGGCCUACUUGUGGAUGGAGCGGCAGAAGUCAGGAGGAGAUUACAGCAAGCAAAGAGCAGAAACCGAGAGACACGUGGUGCUGUGUGUCAGUUCAGUCAAAAUCGACCUGCUGAUGGAUUUCCUAAAUGAGUUUUAUGCUCACCCCAUACUUCAGGAGUACUAUGUCAUCAUCCUUUGCCCAGCAGAGCAGGAUGCGGCGGUGAGACGGGUGCUGCGGAUCCCGAUGUGGUCACACAGAGUCAUAUAUCUGCAGGGCUCUGCUCUCAAAGAUCAAGAUCUGGUCAGAGCAAAGCUGGGUAAUGCUGAGGCUUGUUUCAUUCUGACCUGCCGCUGUGAGGCUGACCGCAAUGCAGCAGAUCACCAGACCAUCCUGAGGGCUUUUGCAGUGAAGGACUUUGCUCCAAGCUGCACUCUUUUUGUUCAGAUUCUCAAACCAGAAAACAAAUUUCAUGUGAAAUUUGCAGAUCAUAUUGUUUGUGAGGAAGAGUUUAAAUACGCUAUGCUGGCCCUGAACUGCAUCUGUCCUGCCACGUCCACCUUCAUCACCCUGCUGGUGCACACAUCUCAAGGCCUAGAGGGCCAGCAUUCUCCUGAGGACUGGCACAGGAUUUAUGGGAAAUGCUCAGGAAAUGAAGUGUACAGCAUUGUUCUGAAAGAAAGCAUCUUCUUUUCUGAGUAUGAGGGAAAGAGCUUCCCUUAUGCCUCCUUUAAUGCAUAUAAUAAGUACGGCAUCAGUCUCAUUGGAGUCUGCCCUGACGACACUAAGAAUAUACUGCUGAACCCUGGUCCUCAGCACAUCAUGGAACCUUUGGACGUGUGCUUCUACAUCAGUCUCACCAAAGAGGAGAACUCCUGCUUUAAGGCCAAGAAAGGAAACAAGACUCAACCUCCAACCAGCAGCGCUAUUACUAGCAUGGGUACCAUGGCUAUAGACAUGCAGGAAAUUAACAUUCCGUCCAGUUUAGGUUCAUCGCUCUCAAUUGAAACUAAUACAUCUGAGAAGAGAAAACCAAACAUGGUUCCUGUUCUGGUAUUGCCUGAUUCACCUUCCUUUCAGACUGGCAACCUGCUCAUCGAUGAGUCAAAGAGCCCGUGUCAGCCCUGCACUAGAAAUGAAGGCAGCAAUGGUUACAUUAAGGGAUAUCCUCCAGAUUUACCCUACAUCGGAAGCUCACCGAUACUUUGCCAUUUACGGAAAGAGAAAGCACCCAAAUGUUGUAUGCAGCUAGAAAAGACCUGCAACCACAAAGACAAAGAAGAUGUCAAAGCAUACGGUUUGAAGAAUAAGCUCAUCAUUGUGUCUGCUGAGACCACCGGAAAUGGCCUGUACAACUUCAUCCUCCCAUUACGAGCCUCUUACAGAUCAGAGAAUGAACUGUGUCCCAUCGUGCUGCUCUUGGAACAUGAGCCAGGCGCAGAGUUUCUUGAGACUGUCUGUUGGUUCCCAAUGACAUAUUACUUGCUUGGAUCAAUCGACAGUCUGGAUGACCUGUUGCGUUGUGGCGUCUCGUUUGCUGCUAAUAUGGUGGUUGUGGAUAAGGAGAGCACCAUGUCCGCUGAGGAAGACUAUAUGGCUGAUGCAAAAACUAUCGUUAAUGUCCAGACCCUGUUCAGGUUGUUCUCCGGCCUCAACAUCAUCACAGAGUUAACCCAUCCCGCUAACAUGAGAUUCAUGCAGUUCAGUGUAAAGGACGGUCACACAAUGGCCUUCUCCAAACUAGAGAAGAAGGAAAGAGAGAAAGGCUCAAACCUGUCCUUCAUAUUUCGCCUGCCUUUUGCAGCUGGUAGGGUGUUUAGCAUUGGGAUGCUGGACACACUGCUAUAUCAGUGUUUUGUUAAGGAUUAUAUGAUAACCAUUACCAAACUGCUGCUUGGACUAGAAACCACACCAAAAUCUGGUUUUUUAUGUUCCAUGAGUAUCACAGAGGAAGUCUUGUGCAUUGAGACGUAUGGCAGACUGUAUGAAAUGCUCUCCUCCACUGUAGGAGACAUUCCCAUCGGCAUCUACAGGACUGAGUCUCAGAUACUUGAACCUCCUCAGACUCCACAAUCCCAAAUGUCAGACAAGCUGUCAGUCUUUGAGGAGGAAAAGGACCCGGAGGAGCAACAGCAGGGUCCAGACAUCCAGACUCAUUCUCUGCGUCGAAGGAGCAUGCAGUGGGCAUCCAAUCUGCUGGGGCCGUGGCAGGCCGAGCGCGAAGCAGACAGACUGAGCCAGCAGCGCGGCAUCCUGCUCUCAUGCUCCGAGAGACAGGAGCUCGCUGAGCUGGUCAAGAAACGCAUGAAGAACCUGGGGCUCUCCACAUGGGGAUUCGAUGAGACGAAUAAUGACCAGAGCAGUCACUCAUACGCCUUAAUCAACCCGUCACCAGAUACAAGACUGGAGCUCAAUGACAUUGUGUACAUAAUCCGUAAAGAUCCUGUCUCAUUAAAGCUGAACAAUACUGACAACAGCAUGAGGAGCGAUUUACAAAUAAGAGACAGGAACACAAAGAAUAAUCUCUGAAUGGAGAUCACAAUCACAACAGCUGUUUAUCUUCACUGUGACACGAGUAAUGUUUGUUCUUCAGCAUCAGGUUAAUCAGCUCUGAAAGCCAUUAAUGUAUUACCUAUACACAGCUCAGAAUAAUGCAUGUAAAGCCUUCGCUUUAUCGUACUGUAUUUGUUCCAGCCAGCACGCUCCUGUCCCGCUUCAUGCUAAGACUGACACACAGAGUUCAAAGGUCACAGACAGUGAUCCAGUUAAAGUUCUGUUUCUGGCUGGAACUCACAUUAGGCAGCUGCUGGAUUCCUGUCAGACCCAACUGCAGUAAUGCAUGGAUCUGCAUUUCUCACAUCCCACUAUAUUUAUAUACAUAGUGCCAGUGUAACCCACCUAUAAAGACCACAAAAUAUCUACCAAUAAAAAUAUUGAAAACACUGGAUAUCAACAAUUACUUAAAGUAAUAUUUC